AUGUAUGAGAUUAAUGAUGAUAAUAGCAAUGAUUAUUUUAAUUCUCGAUAUCGAGCACAAUCAACUUCAUAUCUUAUUUUAAAUGAUUCCACUAGUGUUAAAUCCGUUUCAUCAAAACAAAAUCGAUCUGAAACAACAUCAGUCACAUCUUCUUCAAAUGUAUCAUCUAGUUCUAAAAUAAAUAUGUCUUCACAGCUUAGAAUUUCCUCAUCAAAUCCUAAAACGAGUAUUUCAUCAUCUCCUGACGAUCGUUUUGUUAUGACAAUAAUUCGAAGUCCAUCAACUAGUUCACAACGUAUCUUGCCAACAGAACCUGUAGGACCUACAGCAAUGAACGAAGAAUUAUCAAAUAAUAAUAAGUUUUUUAAAAAUAAAGUUACAGCAGCACUCAAUCAUAUGAAAUAUCGGUGGGUUGUGAAAAUGCGUCCAAAUUUUCGUACGAAUGAAUCACCAAUAUAUUUACUUGGUAAAAUGUAUAAUGGAAAAGAAGAAACAACUCAUGAUGAUAUUCCACGCCCACAAUCUGAGCAUUCUUAUGCAAACUUUUUAAAAUCUUUUUCACAACGAAUUUAUUUUUCCUAUCGAAAACAAUUCGAGCCAUUUGCUGGUUCACGUAACGGAGACAUAAUAACUUCGGAUGGCGGUUGGGGUUGUAUGAUACGUUGUGCUCAGAUGUUACUUGCUCAAACAUUGCUUAUGCAUAUGACAAAUACAUUUAGUACACAUUAUGCAAACAUUCAAAUAUCAGAUAAAUGUCCAAAACGUAAUUCCAUUGAAUAUAUGCGAGGUGGAAAUCGAAUGAAUCGUCGUACAAGAAUCUAUACUGAUAUCAUUCGGCUGUUUGGAGAUUUUCCACAUCCUAAAUGUCCGUUUGGAAUUCAUAAAAUUACUGAACUCGGCACGCCAUAUGGUAUCCGCCCUGGUGAUUUUUUUGGACCUGUGAGUGCUGCUCAUUGCCUUAAAGAAGCCGUUCACGCUGCGGUUGAAGCAAAACAAAUACCUGAGAUACUUCGCAUAUACAUAAGUCAAGAUGCAAUAAUCUAUCGACAAGAUGUUAACAAUUUGUGUAGCCAACCAUUAUUGGAUCAUAAUUCUAAUGUAAAUAAAAAUAGUUCACUUUGUCCAUCCAUAGAAUAUGUUACAACAGAGAAUCAUACCAAACGUUGGGUCACAUCUGCAUUAGUUCUUGUACCAUUACGAUUAGGUUUAAAUGAACUUGAUUUAAUCUAUGAAGAUAAUCUAAAAGAAGCUCUUAAAUUACCACAAACAGUUGGAAUCAUUGGUGGUAGUCCACGUCAUGCUGUAUAUAUAAUUGGCUUUCAAGAUGAUAAUUUUAUCGAUCUCGAUCCACAUUUUAUUCAAACAUCAGUGAAUGUAUUUGAAAAUUCAUUUGAUACAUCAAGUUAUUCAUGUUCAUCACCGAAAAUAUUAACUGCAAAAAAAAUGGAUCCAAAUUGUACAUUAGGAUUCUUUUGCCGAGAUAGAGCUGAUUUUGAAAUGUUUUGUGCACAAUGGAAUUAUGUGUGUCAUAUGGCAUCCGAUGAUAGACGUGCAUGCCCAAUAUUCCGUAUCGAACCUGGAACAUUUCAAGAAAGUCAUGCGCGUGCAUUAAAUUGUGACUUUCCAUCGAUAAAUGACGAUGAAGACGUUUUUCUUCGUGUAACUAAAUUAUCAUCGGCAAAUACUUCACCAUUGUCAAUGAUAAGAAAAGUUUCAAAUAGUGGGAAAAAUCUGCUUAUCAAUUCGGCAGCGAAUAAUUCAUCAAAUACUGAUUCGUGGGACGAUGUUGCCCGAUCUGUGCAAGAAAAUAACAGUGGCCAAUUACAUUCAGUGGUGGAUGACUAUGUUUUCUUGUAG